AUGUCAACGGGCUGUGAGAGUUUACAAUGCACAAACAGUCCUGUGGAUCUAGUUUUCGUCAUCGAUUCCUCGUCCAGCAUUUUCCCGAACGAAUUUAUACGUCAGCUGGAAUUUUUGGAAAACAUAACAGGAGAACUGGACGUCGGUCCAGCUGUCAAUCAGUCCAGGGUGGGGGUAAUCUCUUUCAGCGACGAACCGCGAUUGGAAUUUACAUUAAAUAAUUGCACCGAGAAAAAAGACAUAUUGGCCGCCGUCAGAAGAAUUAAUUACAUGUCUGGUGGAACCAACACCGCAUCUGCCAUCCGCCUGGCUGUUAAAAUGUUCAAAGCAGCAACUGGUGCUAGAAAGGGAGCAAAAGAUAUAAUUGUUGUCAUUACUGAUGGAGAAAGCUUUUCGAAAUCUGAAACGGAAGAAUCGGCUUUACAAGCAAGAAAUAUGGGAAUCAGUAUGUUUGCAAUCGGUGUGGGGGCCAAUGUGAAUGUUGAAGAGUUAAGUUUGAUUGCUGGAAUUACAGAACACGUCUAUCGAGUGUCUAACUAUGGAGAUCUUAAAAGUAUCAAGGAAGCCUUGAUCAAUAAGACUUGCAUAGAAAUUCAUCAAUCAACAACUACCACGAGUUUAGAAGAAGACAUGCCACUGAAUGAGACCGUGAAUAUUGAAAAUUGUAGUGGAAAACCAGCUGAUGUUCUUUUCCUGCUAGACUCUUCCAGCAGUAUAUCUCGCGAUGAUUUCAAAAAACAACUUACAUGUAGCUUCAUCAAAUCGAUUGUUAGCGCAUUUGACAUUAAUCCACACAAAACAGCGGUGGGUGUAUCCACUUUCAGUGACGAUUUUCAGUCCGUUUUCCACCUCAAUGAAUUCACGUCCAAGGAGAGUAUUUUCAAAGCUGUCGAUAACGUUCCUUAUCUCAGAGGUGGGACAGACACAGGAAAUGCCCUUAAAAACAUAAUAGACUAUGGUUUUAAAUUCGCUCGUCCAGAUGUUGUCCACAUCCUUAUAGUUAUUACUGAUGGUUUAUCACGCGAUCCUUUUGAGACUUUUCUAGAAGCAAACAAACUGAAGAAAACUGGGGGUUUUAUUUUUGCGAUAGGCGUGGGACCUUUUGUAGAUAAGAAAGAACUAAAGGCUAUGGCUAGCCCUCCACAGAAAGACCUUAAUUUUGUAUUCAAUGUUUCAACGUAUGAUGCUUUACAUUCUAUUAAAAAUUUACUUGCCAUUAAAACAUGUGUCAUUGCUGGACUGCAUAUGGAAGACCGCCCAAUUUGCAUUAUGGACAAACCUGUUGACAUUCUCUUCACCUUUAAUGCUGCUUCAGUUGGAUAUCAAGGCACUCGAAGUAUUUUGAAAACAAUCCAAAACUUUGAAAAAUUACGAUUUCAAAAUGAAUCAGACAUCCGUAUAGGCGUCAUUUCUCAAUCAUGUGUUUAUGGGGGUGACCUUCCACUACAGUCCCCAAACAAAUACUUAGCAAUAUCAUUUGACAAAAUGUCUUUCCUCAUCAAAAGAGUAAGGAGUUAUGGGUUGACUGAAGAGAAUGGUGUCAGAAGUGAAGCAGUCCACAUUGCCGUUCUCAUUGUGGACAAACUCUUGACAAGGGAAGAUGAAUUAGAGAUCCUCGAGUUAGAAAACAUGAUAAAUAAAAUGUACAUUGCCUACUUGGGCAACAGUCACAAUAAAAAUUCAAUUCUCAAAAUUUCAUCAACUUCGGUGAAAACUCUUUCCUUGGCCGAUUUCACAGCCAUAGAAAGCCUUUCGGGAUAUCUUCAGGAGGAAAUAUGUCAAAUGACUUAUAAUAAUUGAAUAAAAAACAAUAAACAGAACUAAAUAAUUGAAAAAAAACAAAUCAAUAAAUUAAAAAUGAAAAAAAUCCAAA